GUGGAAUGAUGCUGUUGGGAAUGAGGGGUCAAAGUCAAGGUAGUGGAAUCCAUGACUUGAUUAAUGCAACAAUAGAUGGUGAUGUCGCAAAAGUCAGAGAUAUUAUCGCCCAAAAUCCACAAGUUGUGAACGAGCGAUCCAAAGAACUCACGUGUCUACAUAUUGCCGCUCAUGAAGGGAAACUGCCCAUCGUCAAACUGCUUAUAGAAAAGAAAUCUGACAUAAACGCGACUGAUGACGAUGGUGACACACCACUGAUUGUAGCUACGGGAAAACAACAGACUGAAGUUGCCGAGUACUUGGUCAGAGCUGGUGCGCAGUUGGACUUGAAAAACGACAAAGGAAGAACCGCUAUUCAUAACGCCGCCUACACAGGCCAAACAACGCUUAUACACGCUCUGAUUGGACGAGGUUGUGACGUCAACGUCAUGGAUGAGUCAGGGGACACACCUCUUCAUGACGCCAUUGCUGAGGACCAUACUGCAGCAGCUGAGCGAAUUCUGACGUCACCGAAGGUGGAUUUGACGAAAACCAACGAACGGGGAUUCAACCCACUUCACUGGUCAGCUUUUCAUGGAAGAGCUGGAAUUGUAGAGAAAAUACUGCAGAGAAAUAAAAGUAUCAUCGACUCUACGAAGGAGGAUGGAUUCACGGCACUACAUCUUGCAGCAAUAAACGACCAUACAGAUGUUGCAAGAGUUCUCAUUAAACAGGGAGCUAGUGUAAAUUCGAAAGCAAACAACGGAUCAACUCCUUUACAUGUUGCUUGUGGCGAAUGCUACAUUGAGCCCAUUCAAGUGUUGAUAUCUGCAGGUGCCAAUGUUAAUGCAAGUGAUAAUGAUGGAGACACACCCUUACACCUCACCAUGAUGCAGAACCAAACAACUGACAUGUUCAAAGCGCUUAUUGGAGAGCAAGGACAAAGUACUGAUAAACGGGCACAGAUUGCCACCUACCUGUUACAACACGGCGCCGAUAAAGAAGCCGAGAACCAUGCAGGGUUAACUCCUGUUGAGAUAUGCACCGAAGAGAAGCUGAAGAGCUUAGUGCAGAAUUUUGCACAAAUAAAUUCACCACCGAGCAGUUCCGCUAGGAAUGCUACAGCUUCAGGUUUCAUUCAGGACGUCCUGUGUUCCAGUUGUUUGAGACAGAGGGCCAAUGUCAUCAUUGUGCCCUGCUCUCACAAAACCUUGUGCAGGGCUUGCUGUAAAAACGUCAGACGAUGCCCUCUGUGUGGAAACGACGCCAUUCGAAAAAUUGGAGAAGAUGGCAAAAAAAUUGGAAGUGAGUGUGUCAUUCAGUAAACAGAAUCGCCUGAUACUUUACUCGACUACUAGUAUGUGGCAUUACGUCAUAGACUGUGGCUGAAGAAUCUUACAAUCAAGGAACAUAUGCUUUUUUUGCAUACAAUUUAUAUAUAUAUAUUGUCAUGGAUGUGCUGCAACUUUCUGCUGUGACCUGGAAUUUUCUUAAUUAAUUAAUUAAUUCUAAUUACUAGACAAACAGAAUUUGUUUUAACAUUUAAUAGUAAUUAUUUGAUUAUUUGCAACUAUUGAGUGAUGUUUGAAACUUUGCCACUUAUAGUUAUUGUUUAAUGAAAUGUUGAGUAGUGCCGUUUGUCGUGUCGCGCACUAUUCUGAUAAAAACGAACUGCGUAACGAGUGUUAUUAUUGAUCGUUUGGAUGCCUAAUACGAGUAUAACAUUUAGUUGUAUUUCCUAAAAAAAAAAAUGGUUUCAGUUUAUCAAACUAUGUUUGCAAAUAGUUGCCAUCAUUUAUUUAUGGGAUAUUCGUAUAUUAUGAUCGCCAAAUGUUUUAAGUUAAUUUCCGAUGUAGUUUUUUGGCGAUGUGGUUUCCGACCUUGCAAUUUAAUUACCAGAUUCCUGUGCAUAUAAAGGCUAUUACAUUACGUUGACAUUAGUAUUAUUGAAGUAAAUCUUACCAUGAUUGCAAUGUGUGUGUAAUUACACCAUGACGCUAUUCGAUGGACUUAGUAAACUUGCCCUUAGUAAAGUAUUUUCCUCCAAAACUUGUACGAUCGAUUAGCUAUUUUCUUAGUUAAACGUAUCCUAAUAUUGUUUGUACAUUAUGGCAAAUCAUUUUAUUAAUUAAAUGAGGUAAUAAUUGUAAAACUGAUUACUGUAAUAUUAGUGCUUUUAGGAACUACUAGUAUAUUCUUGUACGCUGAGAACCUGUUUACGCAUACAGGUUGCUAAGGUCUGACAUAUCGAUACACAAUGUUUGUAAACAACAGUAUAAAGCUGUGUUCACAUAUACACGGAUCCGGAUCCCGAUACAGAUACGGCAAAAAUCGCUAACCAUUAUUUUCAAUAGAGGUGUUCACAUAUGUCCGAAUACAUAUACGAAUACGGUAUCUGGAUACGGACACGAUUAUUCUGAUCGUCCAAUGUAGCGAAUGAAAUCGUAUCCGUAUGCCAAAACGCAUGCCGGAAGUCAUAAGUUAUGAGAAGAAAUACAGUUCUCUUUUACACGAUACAACUUGUUGUUUCUUGUCUUUCCACCAAAAUGCCCUUUCCGUCUCAUGGUUUUAAAUACAUUAUAUGGUUUUGUCAUUUUAAUUUUAAUUAUAUUUAAAAAGAAAUGUGUUUUUCUGGGAAUAUGACACUACUUACAAACAAAAGACCAACAGUAAUUCUUUCUUUUAAUGUCGUCCCCCCACCAGUUAUCUUUAAUAAAUAAAUUAAAAAAAAAAAAAUAAUAAUAUAUAUAUAUAUCGUUAAUCACCUCUCUUGGAAUACAGUGCUUCACAAGCUCAUUCCCUGACCCAAUGUGGAAUAACACCUGAGUAGACUGUUCUCUAGAUAAAAUAAAAUAAAUAAGUAAGCCGUACAUCUCUUGCAUUUAUAAUCGUGCGUAUGUGAACACUACGUCCGAUUAUCGGAUCGCGUUCCGUAUACGAUGCCGUAUGAGCGUAUCUGAAUCCGUGUAUAUGUGAACACUACGUCCGAUUAUCGGAUCGCGUUCCGUAUACGUAUGCCGUAUGAUCGUAUCUGAAUCCGUGUAUAUGUGAACACUACGUCCGAUUAUCGGAUCGCGUUCCGUAUACGAUGCCGUAUGAUCGUAUCUGAAUCCGUGUAUAUGUGAACACUACGUCCGAUUAUCGGAUCGCGUUCCGUAUGCCGUAUGAUCGUAUUUGAAUCCGUGUAUAUGUGAACACUACGUCCGAUUAUCGGAUCGCGUUCCGUAUACGAUGCCGUAUGUGCGUAUCUGAAUCCGUGUAUAUGUGAACACUACGUCCGAUUAUGGGAUCGCGUUCCGUAUACGAUGCCGUAUGUGCGUAUCUGAAUCCGUGUAUAUGUGAACUCUACGUCCGAUUAUCGGAUCGCGUUCCGUAUGCCGUAUGAUCGUAUCUGAAUCCGUGUAUAUGUGAACACUACGUCCGAUUAUCGGAUCGCGUUCCGUAUGCCGUAUGAUCGUAUCUGAAUCCAUGUAUAUGUGAACACUACGUCCGAUUAUCGGAUCGCGUUCCGUAUACGAUGCCGUAUGAUCGUAUCUGAAUCCAUGUAUAUGUGAACACUACGUCCGAUUAUCGGAUCGCGUUCCGUAUACGAUGCCGUAUGUGCGUAUCUGAAUCCGUGUAUAUGUGAACACUACGUCCGAUUAUCGGAUCGCGUUCCGUAUACGAUGCCGUAUGUGCGUAUCUGAAUCCGUGUAUAUGUGAACACUACGUCUGAACCUUAAUUGGAUGUAAGCACGAAAGCACGAAACUGUAUGCGUUCUAAAAUAAUACACAUGUUACUCACUUGUCUCAUAAUACUGCAACAAUUAACACUACACGCUACAAUUAGCUACUAAUAUCCACAAUUACACAGUGGUUUAAUAAUUAUGUCUCAAAUUGAAGCUAAACGUGGCGUGCAUAUUGAAACCAGUAUGAGUUCUAUGUAUAUAUAAAAAAUAUAUCUAUAAUGCUGUAACAAAAAGAUAAACAUAUUGUGAAUAUUAAAAACAGUAUGAGUUCUCAGAAUAUACACCUGUUAUAAAACUGUUUUAUACAGUAACAAUAGCUAAACUUAGUAUACCUGUCUACGACCGAAUUGUUUAAUUAUUUGCUAUAUGAAAAUCUAAAUUUAGCGUGAAGAUUGUAACAACAUCACUAUAGAGCACAUUAAUUAAUUAUAUGCUAGUGGAAUUCCUGACACGAUGUCUGCAGAGGAUAUAUACACACAUUCAAUUUUGUAUCCAUUAAAGGGACAUUCCUGAGUUUGCUGCCAUUUUAAAGAUGUGAUCGACUAACAAAGACUUUUUAACGAUUGUAAUUAAGGGACAUUCCUGAGUU